GUCUGACCUGACCCCCCCCACUCCCCUCAGCUCCUCGCCCUUUUCCCCUCAGGUUUUCCUGGCCCCUGUUGCCGCUCCUGCCCCAAGGAACGAGGGAAGAGGACCUCUGUGUCCUGUGGGAGGAGAAGAAACCAAGGGAAGUGGAAACGGGGAGCUGGACAUCUUGGAAAGCAGGUGCACGUGUCUUCAGGAGGCUGAUGAGGCCGACGGCCCUUAAAAAAAAAACGAAACUGGGGAGGAUUUCGGGCCAAAGACGCAUAUGGAAGUCCCUCCUUACUGAGAGAAUGUGGCUCAGGGAGGUGUUCCUGGAUGCUCUGGUACAUCCUGGACCUGAUUGCCUUUUGCUCAGAGCUUUCAGCAUUUCAGACCGACUUCUGUGGCAUGAAUGGUAGGAGCAUCUGGGACUGACAGGCGGCCGUGGGUGCCCGAGGAGUCCAGCUGCCACAAGCGGAGCUCUUCCCUGAGCCCUUUCCUUUCUCCUUGGGGUCUUCAUUCAAAAGGUGAAAUGUCAACAAAAGUGCCAAACAUUAAACUGAAAAUUGACCCUCGGGAUCUGCAGAUCCAGACAUUUACGGUGGAGAAAUUACUGGAGCCGCUGAUAAUUCAGGUUACAACAUUAGUGAACUGUCCACAGAAUCCUUCUAGUAAGAAAAAGGGCCGUUCCAAAAGAGCUCGUGUCUUGCUUGCUUCUGUGGAAGAAGCCACUUGGAAUCUGUUGGACAAGGGAGAAAAAAUUGCCAAGGAAGCAGUUGUGUUUAAAGAGGAACUUCAGGCGGCUCUCGCUGAUGUGCGGAAAGAGAGUCAGGCCUUGCAGGUGUCGGCAGAGGCGUUCACCAGCGAUCCCUGCUCCCUGCCCAGGAGACAGGCUGUUGUCCCAGCAGCUCGUGCCCUGCUGGCUGCUGUCACCAGGCUCCUCAUCCUGGCCGACAUGGUGGACGUGGCCUACCUGCUGCAGCACCUGAGUGUGUUUCAAAGAACAUUUGAAUCUUUAAGAAAUGUAUCCAGUAAAUCUGAUCUACAGAAAACCUACCAAAAGUUUCAAAAAGAUCUGGAAAAUCUUGAUUACUUGGCAUACAAACGUCAGCAGGAUUUGAAAUCUAGCAAUCAGCGAGAUGAAAUUGCUGCAGCACGUGCAUCCCUGAAGGAAAAUUCUGCUUUCCUACAUUCAAUAUGUUCAGCUUGUUUGGAACAUUCAGAUGUUGCAUCCCUUACAGCCAGCAAGGAUUCAAUUUGCAAUGAAAUACAGAAUGCUCUCAAUGUAAUUUCUAAUGCUUCCCAAGGAGUUGGAAAUAAAAUGGAGCAACCUGCAUCUCGCACAGCUACUCUUGGAAGUGCACUUGAUGAGCUUGAGAAUUUGAUAGCCCUGGAUCCUCUGGUGGUGAAGGACGAGAAGGUGAGGCCGUCCCUGGAGCAGCGGCUGGAGGCGAUCAUCAGCGGGGCGGCGCUGCUGGCCGACUCCUCGUGCACGCGGGACUCGCACCGCGAGCGCAUCAUCGCCGAGUGCAGCGCCAUCCGCCAGGCCCUGCAGCACCUGCUGGCCCAGUACCUCUGCUCCGUGAGUAACCAGCACAGGAACCUGCUGGGGGCUGCCUCAGCACCUCCUGCUUGGGGAGAGAAGUGUUCAACCAACAAUUAAAGCACGCUUUAGCGUUUCGCUACGUGCUCUUUAAAAGGUUGGAAGGGACUCAGUUUGCUGAGAACUUUCUGGAGAAAGUUUUUCCUCCAGAAAUCUAAGCAAAAGCUAAAUACACGUCCCCAGGAUGAGUUGUGUUAUAUGGUGUAUGUGAAGUCUGUGGAAAAUGCCAUACCACAAAUAAACUGUACGUGUUUGGGUUAUUUUAUGCUUGUUGUGAGCUGUCACUGGUUCACAACAGACAAUCCUUUAAGUGCCAGAAACAAGAAUUUCUUCAUAAUGCCACUUCUAGACUAGAGUUUGAAAAUGUAAUCUCUGUUCCUGCAGAAUGCAACGAUUUAAAUAAUAGUUUUCUAAAAGGUAAGCAAUCUGUUAGUGUUGUUUUCAAGGAGGGUGUUGACACCAGAAGAGGAGAAGAGCACCGAUUUACAAGUGUUAGAAUGACUAAAUUGCUAUAUUGGGAAGACAGGAGUGUUGUGUAAAUCCAGAAAUCUGGUUGUCUGACAUGCUUAUAACUGUGAGUUGUUGGAAAAGGAACGUAGUUUGCAUUUUGAAAGUGAUUUUUCUUUUAGAUUCAAAGAAUGGAUUUGACACUUGUUACGUCUGGCAGGUAAAUGUUGAAACAGUGGAGACUCAAUACUGUUAAUAUGGGUACACAAUGCUAAUCUCAUGCUUUUCAUCUGUAAACAUUUUCUGUAGGCAUAAUGUUCUUUUCUAAAGAUAUCUCAGGAUGAUUCAUCAAGCACAUUGAGAGAACAAUUGUGUGAUACAGAUAUUUGUUCCCUUUUUGGGAAGCUGGAAUUCCUUUCUGUUCUGUAAGUCAUAGCAGUUAAUACAGUCUAAAGCUGUUCUAAUGAG